GGAAAGCUAAAGUAAGUGGUGUCUACAUUCUGAAUUCCUUCGCUGCGUUGAAUUGGGGCAAUUGACUAUUUAAUUGAUUGAAAUGAACGGGGUUUUUGAUACAUCGGAUUGUUACAAUUGCUAAUUAUCCUUGCAAAUUAGGCAUCAUGAUGUUUGCCAGGUCCUUUGCUUUUAGAGCCUUCUCUCGGCAGUGCCCAAGAAGCGCUGCUUCUUCGAGGGUCCAAUUCUCAAGCCCAACAUGGAGAUAUUUCUCUUCGAGCGCUUUUCGAGCAAAGACCCCAAACCUCCGUAGCACGGCCAAUCCCUCACCAGCCAGAGCAACAUCGCCGCCCGAAGAGACACUCAAGUUCGCAGGGAAACGACCGCAAGGAUUUGUUAAACUGGAACGCAAGGUUGCAAAAGAGGGGGAGCUCUUGCUGUUUAAGAGACCAUCGCAUCGCGCCUACAUACUCGGAGCUUAUGGCGUUGCAGCAUUCUGCUUUGCUUAUUCUGUUUACAACUCCAACAUUGUGUUUCGGGAUCCGAUUGUGCCUCUCCCAAUGUGGCAGCAGGGCCUCUUUGGAGGUAUCUGUAUCAUGAUGAGUGCCAUGGGUACCGUUUUCCUCUUCAAGACCGGAGGGUUGAUCAACUCUAUCAAGGCUAUCCGCGUCAAUGGGCAGGCAUAUCUGCGUUUCAAUGUUCGGCGUAUAAUUCCUUUCCGCCGGGCAUACGAAUUUGAUGCCUUGCCUCGCCAGAUCGCUUUCUCUCGCCGGCUCGUGAUCUCCCCUGACUCCCAUCGCAACAUGCAAAGCGCCGGCCUGUCCAACGGGGGUCCUUCAGAAGUUAGCUUCUUCAAAAGCCCCACAAAGAAGAUUAGUAUUUUACUCUGGAGGGCAUUCCGCUCUGUACGCCAAAUCUUCACUUCUGAGGAUUUCAUUUUGUUGGAAGUCGAAGGCCAAAAAGGCACUCUCAGAAUGGAUUCCGGUGGCUUCCUAUCCAAGGACUUCUUGGUAGUUGGGGAUCCUUUUACCACCCACUAACGGUGGCCCGGGAUUCUGAGAAACAAAGUGUUUCUAUUCUUGGGAUAUCUACCUAUCUUUUCUCAUCCUCUUCCUUCAUGGAUCGAUUCAUGGAAUGUCCAAAAUUUGCUCGGUUCACCCAUCAUAGCAGCUCCGCAUUCGUCUCAAAAAUACCCAUGUACAUAUAUGACCUUACAAUGUUCCAAUGUAUUUGUAUCAUCUACAGAACUGAAAUAUUCAACUUGGUUUGUUGGCA